AUGUUUUAUUUAGAACGCUCACCUAUUUUACGUGUUGUCAAAGCAAGCGGUGCUGUUGCUGCAGCCCUUCUCGCAUAUCAGGGCUUUUGCUUAUAUAGGCGCAACAACAUCACCAUAAGGAUCACGGAGCUGGUGAAGCUUCCACCGCAAGGGCGUAUUGGUAGGGAUCUUGGCUGCAUCGACUUUAUUCACAAUGACCCUACCAUAGAAGUGAAAGGCAGUAUCGAAGUUGAAACAUAUUUGAUGAGAAGCUAUCGCUUUCUUCUAAAGCUAUCUGCUCAGCUAAAUGAAACAACUAUAGGCGGCAACUCAUGCAAUUAUGGUGGCGGGGGCGAUGACAGCGGGUGUAAACGCUCGAUUCGGCGACGUGUGCUGUCCUUCGCCACAGCAUACAACAACACGAAUAUUAAUACACCGGACAACGUGCCCAGGAUGGAUAACUUAUCAAGUAGCAAUAGUCAUCUGAGUACCAUUAAGCCUCAACAUAACAGUCUGACGACAGAGUCUUACCGUAAGGCGAACAUACAUUCUUUCUCACGCAGUCAUCCAAGGCCAAAAGGUCCCAUGAUUCAGCUAGAGUAUGUGAAUGAGAUGGUAGACCUGAAUGAGAUGUUGGUGAAUGAAAACAUAUGCUUUACACCUGCGUGUUUGUCUGAGGAGAUACUUAUAAAAUACACAACGAUGAUUUCAAGCUCAUACUUGCUCGACAGUCGACCCGCUCUAAGCUCCGUCGCAAGCGAUAGUGUCGAGCCCUUCAAUGCUCUAAGUACGUCGCCACCCUGUCUUAGUAAUCUUGUCAUACAAAACUCUUUUUUGAAACCUGACAAACCUGGAUGCCAGUGUAUCAGCUUUGAUUUAACAGCCCUUCAGCCUCUCCAUGAGUUAAGGCUAUUGGUACGGUUGCCGAAUCGUUACUGCAGACUCGUACGUUCGAAUACGGGAGGGAUUGGGCGAGUUGUGUUGGCCGAAGGAAGCGCGAAGCCUCACCUCCUGAUAUGGGAGAUCGGAAGUGUGGAUGCUCAUAUUCACAAUAAUGUCAAAAAAGGUUCAAAAGUAGCAAAGGCACACGAAGAUGGAGCGCUCUCACCAGCGAUGCUUUCAGCUGUUGGAGGAGACAAUGCUCAUAGUCUGUCCUCUUUCGCAUUUCUAUCUGUUCACUUUGAACUCGUUUACCGGCAGCUAGAGGAAAGUGAGUAUGGUUAUUAUGAUAGCGAAAGGAGGGAGGAUAGCGAUAGCAAUAUUGAUUCCGAUGAUAAUGAUUUCUUGAGCAGUGGUGCAAGCGGCACGAGUGACGAAGAUCCCAACAAGACAGAUCUGAUGGGACGCCAAAUCGAUGCCACGGAGGAAUAUUUCAUUAACAAGCGGGGAGUAGAGAAUAAAAACAACAAGCAACGCGGCUCUCGCAAGAGCUCUUUUGUGAAAAAAACGCAUCCGAGUUGCACCCCAAGUCCGCCAAACCAGAGCGAUAAGGCACGCAGACGUCAGGCUCUUGCGCUGAAAAAGAAACGUGAGCGUCAGCUUAGGAGGGCGAUGCCCGCGUCAUCAGGCCUUGGAGUUCACAAAAACCAGCCGACUCUGGAGGUAACCUACAGCGUAACUGGGCUGGCUUCUGGGGUGAAUGUGCGUAGGCUGCAAGUGCUUGAUGAGAAGAUCAAUUGGACGCCGCGUUCAGUGAUUGAUCGCAUGUUGCUUCGUUAUAUUCUCCCAGACCUGCAGACAUUAAAGCUGAAUAAGUUUGCACACUAUACAACAUGGUUUGUCCAGCCUAUCAUACUUACAGAAUGGAAUGCGUAA